AAAGCCGUCAACAGAGCACUGAGGAGUCGGUGAAAAUUUCCGAAACUCGAUGUCACACCACAGCCGAACGGUCCGUUGAAAAAACACCCGCGAGAUUUCCUGCGCAAUCAUGACACACAAAAAUUAUCCAAACAAAUAACCGUUUGAGGCAACGAGACAGUUUCACAAUCGAAAUGACACGUGAAAAAGCCGAAAAUACGAACGAGGUGUUUAUGUUACGGUGAAACGUGCGAGAAGAUCCCGCGAUGGAAUCACAAUCAGCUAUUUUCUCCCGGAAUAUGAAUCUUAGUAAAAUGGAGACUGAAAGUAGUGAUAACUGACCCCCAAUCCUACUAUGAUAUGAUUUCGUCAAAAUUCAGCCCUUCGACAACGACCACGACGACGACUACAUCAAGUGCUCUGAACUCAACACCUCUGAUUGAAUUUAACAUAAGCACAUCGAAUUAUCUCUAUACACCAUCGUCGACGAUAGAUUUAUACAACACAUCGAGCGUUUCGAACUUCAACGAGUCAUCAUCAUCAGUGUUCCCCAAUUAUAUCCGGACGACGUCGAUGGUUUUCUGUAUAAUAAUAAUGUGUUUGGGUGUAAUCGGAAAUGUAAUGGUGCCUAUCGUUAUUUUUAAAACUAAGGAUAUGAGGAACAGCACGAAUAUAUUUUUAGUAAACUUAAGUGUUGCUGAUUUAAUGGUGCUCCUGGUAUGCACACCCACCGUCCUCGUCGAGGUCAACUCGCGACCCGAAACCUGGGUCCUCGGCAGGGAAAUGUGCAAAGCCGUGCCCUUUGUUGAACUCACCGUGGCCCACGCGUCGGUCCUCACUAUCCUGGCCAUAAGUUUCGAACGUUAUUACGCCAUCUGCAAGCCCCUCAAGGCCGGAUACAUAUGCACCAAAACGAGAGCAUCCCUUAUCUGCUUGUUAGCCUGGUUCAUCGCUGCCUUAUUCACUAGCCCGAUCUUGGCAAUUACCCAGUACGGACCUGAGGAGUACGUCGAUGGCUCGAUUGUCUUCGUUUGCUUCAGUCUAGUCGAAGACACCCUCCCUUGCGUCUUUUUCCUCGGCUCGAUCCUCAUUUUCUUCAUUUUCCCUCUCGCCAUCCUAAUUAUCGUCUAUAUACUAAUUGCCAAGACUCUAAUGCACCACCCUGUGGCCAUGACGGGCACCAAGACCGUCAUGCCGUCCCAAAGCGCCAUCAAGUACCGAAAACAAGUCAUUUUGAUGCUGGGGACGGUCGUUUUGGCCUUCUUUAUCUGUUUGCUCCCUUUUCGAGCGCUGACCUUUUGGAUCAUCGUAGCCCCAGCUGGGUCCAACUUCGAAAUCGGGUUCGAAAACUACUACAAUAUUCUCUAUUUCUCCCGGAUUAUGUUUCACAUAAACUCGGCCGUAAACCCGAUUUUGUACAAUAUAAUCAGUUCGAAAUUUCGGAGCGGCUUUUUUAAACUAUGCGGCAUGAAAAUCGUCAAGAAGAGAAGAAAAGACAAGCGCGAAAUAACUCGAAAAAGCACGAGUUCGUCGACUCACACUUCCUCUCAACAAACUUCCGACUCGUUUCUUAGUAAGAGGAAUUCGGAGAAAAAAUGCGGCAGUCUCAGGGAAAUCAAAGAAGUGUCCGAUUGCGACAGUUCGGAGAGCCGGAAAGAGGUUUACGUGAGAGUCCCCCUGGGGCAGAGGUUCUCAAACGGGGAGAUUUUCGUCUAGAGCACAAAAGACUACAACAGAUCAUAUAUUUUGGUACUUUUUAUUCGAGAAAAGGACUGAUUUUUGGGGACUUGUCAAUUCUGAGUA